AUGACAGCUGUACUGAGUUUCUUCUUCUUGGCUUUCAUUUCAGCUGCUCAGGGUCAGUCCCUCACCUCCUCAGAGCCAGUGGUCAGCAGAGCUGGACAACCAGUCACUCUGUCCUGUAAAGUGGAAGGACUUGCUCUGGCUUGGCUGCACUGGAUUCGUCAGAAACCAGGGAGAGGACUGGAAUGGAUCGGACGCAUUGAUGCUGGAACCGGCACAAUAUUUGCCCAAAGUGUCCAAGGCCAGUUUACCAUCACCAAAGACACGUCCAGAAAUGUUGUGUCCUUAGAGGUGAAGAGUCUAAAACAAGAAGACUCUGCAGUUUAUUAUUGUGCACGAGAGCCACAUGACUAUUUUAUUCUUUGCGUCUCAACAGGUGUUGAUGGUCAGACUCUGACAGAAUCUGAAUCAGUGGUUAAAAGGCCUGGAGAAUCUCACAGAUUGACCUGUACAGCCUCUGGAUUCACAUUCAGCAGCUACUGGAUGCACUGGAUCAGACAAGCUCCUGGAAAAGGACCGGAGUGGGUUGCCUGGAUUGAUAACGGAAGUGGUGGCACCCAGUACUAUUCUGAGUCAGUCAAAGGCCGUUUUACCAUCUCCAGAGACAACAGCAGACAGCAGGUGUAUCUGCAGAUGAGCAGUCUGAAGACUGAAGAUUCUGCUGUUUAUUAUUGUGCUCGAGACACAGUG